UUUCCAAUUGCCGCUACGCGCUCCGGGACGCCUCCUGCGGCACUCUUUGUCCUGCGCUUUUCGAAAUCCGACGAGCGACCCGACUUGACCGCCCACCCCACGAGCCCGAAGCUCUCUCCUCAGAUCCCGCCCCAGCCGCCUUCAUGCGCCGACCGCCCCGCCAUCAUCCAUGACUACUCUGGUACGGACCCGCCAGCCGCUACAAAUCUUGAGCAUGAGCAACCAGCCGGAGCGACGGCAAAGCAAACGCCUCGCCGGUACGUCGCUGCCCCUCUUGCCCUCGCGCCCUCUCCCGAGCGGUCAAGAAGCCGAGCCGACCACACGCACCAGGGGGAGGAAGCGGAAGGAUGCUGCUGCUGCUGCUGCUGCUGCUGCUGCUCCUACUGCCGGCGGUGGCGCUGAUGCUGACGUUUCCCCCUCCUCUGCAGCCGCAGCAGUGUACGACGAGCAAGAUGGCGAUUUCCUUUUCACGCGCGGGCCGAAGCGUGCCAAAACGGCAUCGGUGCCCGUGGAUGACGAGCUAGGGGAGGAUCCGGCGCCGGCGCCGGUCAAGAGGAGUGUGGGGAAACCGCCCAAGACAGGGCCGAGGCGACGCGCCUCACCGCCAGCUCCGGCUGCGGCGCCAGCAGCGCAACCAAUGCCGACACGGUCCAGGUCAGCGGCGGCAACAGCACCAGCACCAGCACCAGAACCAGCACCAGCUGCCGCGCCGACAACGAGAAGGAUAUCAAAGAGGAAACCGAGCCUGGACAAGACGCCGCCACCGGCAGAGGAUCCGGUAGUCCGCAAGCCCAAAUCUCGGAGGAAAGCGCGAGAUUCGACGGCCGAGAAGAGGCCGCAACAAAGACGGACGAGAGCAGGGCAGGUAAACGGAACGCAUCGAGGGGCAGAAGAGGAAGAACGGGGGGAAUACGGAGACGAGCAACCGCCAUCACCGGGGCGAAACGACGGUUCGACCCCCAGCCCAUCCGCCGCCCAGCCGCAAUCCCAGCUGAUCGCGCUGCCCCUGAGCGACACGCCCAUCAUCAACCGCAACAAAGAGUUCCGCAAGAAGGGCGGCGCCAACGGCGGCCGGCGCAGCAGCCUGGGUAUGCGCGGGCGGCGGGCCAGCUCGCUGAUCGACAACGGGCACACCGCGUUGCCGCACCGCGAGGUCAACCCGGCCGAGUUCUACAAGUACAUCUCGUCAGAAGGGCUGAGCGAGCCGCGGCGGAUGAAGCAGUUGUUGGUGUGGUGCGGCGAGCGGGCGCUGAGCGAGAAACCGCCGCAUGGGAAGCCAGGGUCGAGCGCCAUUUUAGGGGCCCGCGCGAUACAAGACCAACUCCUCAAGGACUUUGGCGCCCGAUCCGAGUUCUCCGACUGGUUUUCGCGCGAAGAUGCGCCGAAACCACCCAUACCCGUCGUCCUACAACCCAACCCACGAAAUGUCGACUACGACGCCAAGAUUGCCGAACUCGAAGCCAGGAUCGAGAGGCUAAAAGCCCAAAAAGCCGCCUGGCAAUCCAUCGCCGCGCCCUUGCCCGUCGUGCCCCCGCUGUACCCGGACCCGGACCCGCGCAAGGCGCCCCUCCCGGACCCGGCGCUCCUCAGCCCGUCGGAGGCGUCCAUCCUGUCGGCCCUGACCAACCCGGACACGGCCUUCAGCUCCUUCAAGCGGCAGCUGCGCUCGCGGCUGCAGAACGCGCAGGCGGCGCUCGAGUUCCGCGUCGACCGGCUGGCGGACAGCGCGCACAAGCUCGACGCGCGCGUGGCGACGGGCGGCCGCGAGGCGGACGCCGUCCUGGCCCUGAGCGCCGCCCGCCUGCGGGAGCGCGAGGAGAGGGAGCGCCGCGCCGUCGGGGCCGGCGCCGUCAGCGUCAUGGAGGUGCUGAGGAGCCUAGGGCGGAUCCUGCCCGAGGGCGGCUAGCUCAGUUUCUUUCCCUAGCUCCCCCCCCCCCCCCUU